AUGCCUAAAUUGUUAUUUUUGUUAUUGAUUUUUGGAAUUUUUGGAAUCGAAGCGCAAUUAAGUGAGUUGAAUGCACAGGUUACUGUAUCUAGAUCAAUUAAUUUUUUGAAGGAUUAUGUGAAGCUGAAGGAUCGUGUAGACAUUGUGCAGAUAAUCGAUAUUCUUAUUAUCGAUGUAGAAUGCAGGUAUUCUAUUCUAUGACUUAAUAAUAUUUUUUCAAAAAAAAAAUUCCAGGAUGACUGUUUUAUUGGAGAAGUUUGUGACAAUGGUUUUUGUUGUCCAAAUGUUGCACCAACAUUUUCAUUACAACGAGAACGUGAGUUUAUCUCUGCUUUUUUUCCAGAAAAAUCUACGUUUCAUUUUUGUUGCUUAUUUUUUUGUUAACUAACCCGCUUUAGCAACAUCCCCAACACAAAAAGAAACUUGUCCGGAUGGUUUCAAAUUCGAAAGACGUUGCUCGAAACAUUCUGAUUGUACACACAAAGAAGAAAUUUGUAUCGAGGAAAAAUGUUGUAAAAGUAAGUUUUAUUGGCAACUUUUCAUGGUCAUUUUGUGUACGAGAAAAAAACUAUCAAAAAAAUAAGGGGAAAAAGUUACAAGAUUGUUGUGA